UGAUUGUUUGUAACAGAUGCAGGUGUAACUGAGCUUGCUCUUUUAGAUUAUUUGACUAGGCAAACGGCUGGCUGUGCUCUAGCAUACACGUGAGUGAAAACACCGGCGAUGUCUUGUCGACUACAGUCAAGAAUUACAGCUAUUCUCCUUUUAACAACAACACUACCUCUCUGUUUAACAACCCAUGGCUCGGGUUUGGACCAAACCCACAGAGUUCAGGUAGGAGGAAGUUUACAGAAAGGAAGCAAACCCAAAGGAGAACUUCAGAAGGAGAGAACUGAGCAGCACUUAUCAAACACAGCUUCUACAGAAACUCAGAGACGUUGGUCUUCUCCAGCUAGACACUCAAUCCUCAAUGAAACAAACAACUCAAAGCUCUACAAGUCUUCAUCAGCUUUCCACCAGUCCAACAACCCCUCCAUGUUAACUCCAAGACAGGGUGGUACUGAUGCAAAAGAGCUGCUUCAAUCCGACUCUCCAGGAUUUGAUGUCCAAGGAAAAGUAAAUCUUUCAUCCAGCCAUAUUACUGAGGAAUGGUUACAAAUGAGACCACUGGUGCGAUGUUCCCCAGCUGCUAUAAUCCUAACAGCUAAAGGAUGGAACUACGUACACCUUCUUGUGGACCGAGUGGAUGCUUCCCCUGUGUCAAUACUUCACCUGCCCUCAUACUGUGGGUACAAUGUAAAGGCGACAUGGAGAAACCUAGUUCUGAUAGCGCCUUACGAUGGGUGCUAUGUCUUACAGCAGAAUGGAAGUUAUGUUUUACCACUGCUGUGGUGGGGAAUGCCUGUGAGUAUUUCCUGUCCCAUGACUCCUGUUUCUGCUCCUGCCACUCCAUCUGGCUUCUGCUCGUACCUGGGAAUAAUCUUAAAGAUAGAGGGGUCUCAGAGAGGUACAGGAAAGUAUCGCAUCAAAGUAAAUGAGGAGUGGGUGCCACUUGUAUCCAGCACAUGUGCAUAUCGUAUGGACUCAGCACCUGAAGACCUGAUCCUCUUCAUUCCUUUCACAGUGAAGUGCGCUAAGGAUGGAGGCAGCACUCUUGAUGUCCUCUUGGAUGGGAAAAUGUAUACUCUUACUUGUCAGCCUCAUCACUAUCUUCCCUAUCACCAUCAGUAUAAUCCCUCUGCAACAUUUUCUCAACCACUCCAUCCACUGCACACUCAGAUUAUCCCACUUGACCCUACUCUCACUAAACCAGAGAUAUCUAAACCGCACUUGGUGCCUGAAAUGACCACGAUGGAACAACCCCAACACCACAUAUUGCUCCCUUCUGAGCAAACAACCCCAGUAGGUGGCACAGGAGUAACCGUACAGCAUCCUCAGCACCCAUCUUUACCAUUAUAUGACAUGGCACAGGUGCCUGUUCUACAUUCUUCUGAUAUUCCCACAACAACAAGUACAGAAAUAACUGUCCCUCCUUUUCAGCCUCCAUUUGGGCAUUUGCAGCUGAGUAUGCCUAUGGAGUACCCCCCUUAUCAAUAUUUUCCUCAUCACGUAUACCCUUACUACCAUAUUUAUCAUCAUCAGAAACCUAUGCCACCAGAUUCGCAUAUAACUGAAUAUAAAUCAGCACUCAAACAAACUCCAAAGCCUCAGACAGUUCAAGAACCUCAGAUGGGACUGUACCCUCAGAUGCCUGAACCUUCUCAGCUGCCGCAGAUGCACCAACUUCCUCAGCUGCCGCAGAUGCACCAACUUCCUCAGCUGCCGCAGAUGCACCAACUUCCCCAGGUGCCCCAGGUGCCUCAACCUGCCCAGGUGCCCCAGGUGCCUCAGCUUCCUCAGCUUUCUCAGGUUCCCCAGCUUCCCCAGGUGCCUCAGGUUCCCCAGCUUCCCCAGGUGCCUCAGGUUCCCCAGCUUCCCCAGGUGCCCCAGGUUCCCCAGCUUCCUCAGGUGCCCCAGGUUCCCCAGCUGCCCCAGGUUCCCCAGCUUCCUCAGGUGCCCCAGGUUCCCCAGCUUCCUCAGGUGCCCCAGGUUCCCCAGCUUCCUCAGGUGCCCCAGGUUCCUCCCCUUCCUCCACAGAAGCCUCAAUUGCCUCAGCUUCCUCCCCUUCCUCCACAGAAGCCUCAAUUGCCUCAGCUUCCUCCCCUUCCUCCACAGAAGCCUCAAUUGCCUCAGCUUCCUCCCCUUCCUCACCAGAAGCCUCAGGUGCCUCAGCUUCCUCAGGUACCCCAGAAGCCUCAUCAUAGAUUUCCAGUGCUGGCAAAUGAUUCCUCCCAGUCGUCUCCAGUGCUCACCUGCAAAGGGGAUCGUUUGAGAGCAUCUCUGCCCUCUGCAAAAAUAAAUUCCAUUAAAGUCAAAGAUGUGAAGAGGAAGGUUUGGGUUCCUGUGUCUUCGGCUCCAGCACACUGUGGGUACUUACUGCAGCGUAAAGGCAGGGGUGUGGUUUUCUCCUCCCCUCUUCCUGCCUGUCACUCAUAUACUGCAUCCCCCUCGCUACUCUCUCUUUCUCUGAAGUUCUGGGAUCAUGUGAUACCGAGACACCAUGCUGUACGACUCCAGUGUCCCUACACUUCACCCUCUCCUACUAUUACAGAGUCAUCUGCAACAACAGCCAGCCUCAUGCCAAAACCUAUUUUCACACGUUCUCAACCAGCCAGGCAUGAGAUCCGGCCUUCCCGUCCUCAAAAACCCUUGGGUCCAUAUUCCAAACCAUCAAAGCCUAGAGACUCACCUAUGCACUUCCAAAAGCCCAUUGUCCCAUCUUUGUAUCCCCCCAAACCGACAGCUCCAUCCUUCCAGCAGUCCAAAGACACAAAACCAAUUUCCUGGCCACCUCAAAUGCAUCAACCACAAGUCUUAUGCCACUCUAAAGACAUGAGCGUCACACUACCUCCUGGACCAAUCACAGGCCUGAAGGUUCAAACUCCCACUGUUGGCCUUAAGGGAAGUGUAAAGGCAGUGCUGUUAGAUGAAGCCCCAAGUCAUUGUGGAUACUUGAUCAAGAAGAACCAAAAUGGUGAUAUUAACAUUCUCCUGCCCUAUGCAUCCUGUCACAUGGCUCAUCAGGAUGGACAGUACCGAAUUGUGUUGAAGUAUCAGACAGCGGACGGUCGUAAAGUUGAGGCCUUACUGUCCUGCCAAGUUCCCAUGAACCACGAAUGCAGUCUGCCAUUUGAACAGCGGUUAGCCUGCGGAACCAGCUCUGUUUCAGAAGCCGAAUGCCGUGAGCUGGGUUGCUGUUACUCCCCGGAUACUCAGACCUGCUACUACCCUAUGGAUGAAUGCACAGCCGAUCGGCAUUUUGUCUUCUCCAUCCCUGCAUCGCUCACAGAACCACACCUUUCACCCGCCCUCUUGGUUGCAGCCGGCAACAGCUCCUGCACUCCUCAGAGGGUGGUGGCAGACUUGGCCCUCUUUAAGAUCCCAUUGGAUGGCUGUGGUGCUCACAAAUAUGAAGUGGGUAACACUGUGAUCUAUAUGCUGGAGAUCUUGAACACUUUGAACUCUGUCACUCUCAACUAUGGAACCAUAACCAGAGAUUCACCAUUUAGGCUGUUGGUUGAGUGCCGGUACCUGUCUGGCACAGUGGCGAGUGUGGGUUACCUGGUUAAAAGCCCAUCUCUCGGCCCAUCCAUUCAGGCGCAGGGAGUGUUUGGGGUUCAGCUCAGGAUCGCAAAAGACCAGCAGUAUAGUAGCUACUACCCGCAAUACCACCGGCCCCUGCGCAAGCUGCUGGGGAAACCCCUUUACCUGGAGGUGCGUCUGCUGAACCCUUUAGACCCCAGCGCAGUGCUGUUGGUGCAUUACUGUGUGGCGUACCCUCGCUCUGCGCAUUCAGCAUGGGUCCUCAUCUAUGAUGGUUGCCCAAACCCCCUUGAUGUCACCCCAUCCCAUGAACCCCCUCCCACUCCUCCAGAAGGACUGGCCAAUCACGUGAGGCGAUUCACUGUCAGUACUUUCCAGUUCCUGGAAAGCAGUAGGAAGGAAACAGCACCUGGUGAGGAGGAGGUGGUGGAGAAGGAGGGAGAGGAGGAAGAGAUCUAUUUUAUGUGUGCCACUGAGGUGUGUUUACCCUCUGAAGGUCCGUGUGUAGAGGGCUGUAUUGAUCCUGUAGAUUCCCCAGCAGUGAAGUCCUGAGUUUGGAGGUGUCAAAGUCCUAUAAAACAGUCGACAUCACUCACUAUGCUCAGAAUAACUGCUUUGUGCGUCACAAAAAAUAAAGGUUAA